GAGCCGGCGCUGACGGGGUUACCUCUGCCAGCCGAGCUCACAGCCGAGCUCCCUGGACUCUCCGGCGGGUCGUCAUCCCGAAGCUGCGGGAGCUUGGGUUCCCAACCUGAGGCGAGCAGAGCCCGAGUCCUAGUCCCAGAGGGAAUCGCUCUCUGCAGACCAGUGGGACCCCGAAACUUGAACGCAGCUCCCCACCCCCUUUCAAGCCUUUGUCACUUCCCCAGCUUUCUCCCAACGCGUUCUUUUUUUCCUCCUCUCCCAUUCUCUCUCCUCCGAAGGAUACAAAAGUGGCUUCCGCUGAAAGAUUAGGAGGCAGUAGGGAGCUUUUCCCUGUGGAGAGCGAUUGUCUAGGAAGGAUUUUUCGGGGAGCGGCUUUUUUUUUUUUUUUUUUUUUUAAACACCUCUGCUCUCAGCUUUUCGAGCCUCUCUGUAACCCACUGAGCGCGAUGUACAAUACGGUGUGGAGUAUGGACCGCGAUGACGCAGACUGGAGGGAGGUGAUGAUGCCGUAUUCGACAGAACUGAUAUUUUAUAUUGAAAUGGAUCCUCCAGCUCUUCCACCAAAGCCACCGAAGCCAAUGACAUCUGCAGUUACAAAUGGAACGAAGGACAGUUUCAUUUCUCUUCAAGAUGCAGAAUGGUACUGGGGAGACAUUUCCAGGGAAGAAGUAAAUGACAAAUUACGGGACAUGCCAGAUGGUACCUUCUUAGUGCGUGAUGCCUCAACAAAAAUGCAGGGAGACUAUACAUUGACUUUGAGGAAGGGAGGAAAUAAUAAAUUGAUAAAGAUCUAUCAUCGGGAUGGUAAAUACGGCUUUUCUGACCCUCUGACAUUUAAUUCUGUGGUGGAGCUCAUUAACCACUAUCACCAUGAAUCUCUUGCUCAGUACAAUCCCAAACUCGAUGUGAAGCUGAUGUACCCAGUAUCCAGGUACCAACAGGAUCAGCUGGUAAAAGAAGAUAACAUUGAUGCAGUGGGCAGGAGCCUGCAGGAGUUGCACUCGCAGUACCAGGAGAAGAGCAGAGAGUACGACAGGCUGUAUGAGGAGUACACUCGGACGUCUCAGGAAAUACAGAUGAAGAGGACUGCAAUUGAAGCAUUUAAUGAAACUAUAAAAAUAUUCGAGGAACAGUGUCAUACGCAAGAACAGUACAGUAAAGACUAUAUUGAGCGAUUUCGCAGAGAGGGGAAUGAGAAAGAGAUUGAACGAAUUAUGAUGAAUUUUGAUAAGUUGAAGUCACGUCUUGGUGAGAUUCAUGAUAGCAAAGUGCGUCUAGAGCAGGACUUGAAGAAACAAGCUUUGGACAACCGGGAAAUAGAUAAAAAAAUGAAUAGCAUCAAACCUGACCUGAUCCAGCUGCGUAAGAUCCGGGAUCAGCAUCUUGUAUGGCUCAAUCACAAAGGAGUGAGGCAGAAGCGCCUGAACGCCUGGCUGGGAAUCAAAAACGAGGAUGCUGAUGAAAGCUAUUUUAUCAAUGAGGAAGAUGAGAACCUGCCGCAUUAUGAUGAGAAAACCUGGUUUGUGGAGGAUAUCAACCGAGUACAAGCAGAGGACUUGCUUUAUGGGAAACCAGAUGGUGCAUUCUUAAUUCGUGAAAGUAGCAAGAAAGGAUGCUAUGCUUGUUCUGUGGUUGCGGAUGGGGAAGUGAAGCACUGUGUGAUCUACAGCACUGCUCGAGGAUACGGCUUUGCAGAACCCUACAACCUGUACAGCUCGCUGAAGGAGCUGGUGCUCCAUUACCAGCAGACAUCCCUGGUUCAGCACAAUGACUCCCUCAACGUCAGGCUUGCCUACCCUGUCCACGCACAGAUGCCCUCGCUCUGCAGAUAAGCAGAGUGGGAAGAGACAUGGCUCUCCAGCAUUUCUUUCCUAUGGUUUUAACUAGACUACGAUGAGGGCAUUCUUUCUCCGUAGACUGCUUGUUUUGCACAAGUGACUCUGUGAAUGUGAAGUGGAAAAGCCGUGCAGUAGCUGGCCAGGAUUUGGGGGUAAAUGAGGGGCCCAGGGUCUCCGGAUUCAGCUGUGCUGCACUUGUGUACUAAGCUGGAGCAGAUGCUGUUUUCAUGGAGUUUUGUUUUGCUGUCAAGCACCUUGAACAGAACAGUUAGACUUGUUGUGGGUGGGGGUGGGGGUUCUAUUUGGAAGCCUCUGAAGAGUCCAUGUCCUCUUGUCUUCAACUCUGAAAAUGCAGCAGGUCAUGGUUCUGUUGGGAGUUGCUUUGAUAGUCUCUCCCUACAAUAAGAAUCUAACUUUGAUUCUGUCGUAAGAUGGGGGGAGGGGGAGAGAGAAGGCAACCAAAGGAAUAGGUGUGGGAUUUCAUUUACAGAAUCUAAAAAAGGAGGCAAAAGACCUCUUCAGUUGAUGUUAUUUCAAUUUUACCAACAUAAUUUAGGCUUCAGCAUCUUACCAUCUCCUUCCUCUAACUCACUGUGUUCACGAAUCAAAAAACAACAUUGCUAGACCAAGGUCUAAGGGGAGAAGGUGACACUCAGUAGCUGAACGCACACUUCUGUACUGAAACCUGAACGAGAAAUGUGAGUUCUAACAGACACUAGAAAUGGUCAGUGUGUUCCUUUCGCCCUGGCCUUGUUUCUGAGAUGAAGAUAAGAGUUGUCUUGUGGGGAUAGUCAGCUUUGAGUCAUGGUGAAGUUGGUGCUUGUGUGGUGUUUCUUUAGCCAAAAGAAUGAUGUUUGAAACCUUUGUAACUAGUUUUAUGAGUAAAGGUGCAAUCCAGUGCUUUUAGAUGGCUUGAUAUACCAAAUAAUGAUAGAGAACAACAUUGUUGUGUGCUUCCCCAGGUUUAAAAGCCUUGCCAAAACUAUACAAGGAUUAAUUUGCCUUCGUCUCCCUUUUUUUGGGUAGGGUUUAGGGAGCCAUAGGUAGGUAGCUAAAGGACUCAGCUUGUGGCCAGAGACCUCAGCAGAUCUCAUGCACAUGAGCCCUUCUGUCAGGGUGAAGGGCCCAUCUCAUCACACAUUAUUCCAUAAUGUGGUUGAAGCUUUUGCCAACAGUGAGGAUGUAGUGUGGAGUUCAGACUAUCUGGGAAAAAAAAUUCUACAAGCUUUCCUAUUUGUCUUUUUUGUGAGCCUGCCAAUAAGGCAGUGUGCAAGCCUCUCCUCAUGCUUCAGUAGCUGUGAUUUUAGGCCAGAAAUCUUCUGCUCCAUGUGGUUUAGGCCUUCCAGCUGAGUGAAGUUCAUUAGGUAGAGGGCAGACAUCUAUUCCUGGCUUCACACUCAUUUAACAAACAGAGUCCAGCUGCUUCAGAGCCAGUCCUGGAGCCAUAACGGCUCAGUAUGACUCAGCUGCUUGAGCUCAGUGACAUGCAGGCAGGCAUUCUAGUUGAACAAGAUAAGCAGCCCAUACCUGGGUCUUGGCUCAUAAGGCUUAUGAUAAGGGAAGAUCAAAUUUGGGGGCCAAACUAAAGAUGAACAUGACUUUCCCUAAGCAUUUGGAGUGAACUACAAUAGAGAGAGAUCAAGACUUUUGGGGAGCUGUCGGCGUUGCAGUAAGCACUGGAAGAAGGGGACAUCUCGUUGUUGGCUCCAGUAUGGAGCGAGAGGAAACUGACCUCUCAGCCUCUGGUAAAGGUCCUGCCUUUCUCAAAAUUGCCAGCUUGAAAUCUUGCUCAGUUAUCAGGUAAUGCCAAGCUAUUUGCUGAUUAGCAUAUCUAUGUGACUUGUACCUGACUGAACUUGCUGAAGCAGUCACAGGCUCAAGAUUAGGUGUAAGGAAUUCCUCCUGUCACUAAAACUCUAGUAUGUCCUGGAAUGUAAUAUACAACUGGGGUGUUGAAAAUGUCAUGACUUUGUAGGGCAGAUGUGGAGGAUAUGCAGGAGACAGAAGGCAGCAUCUUAGCACCUACAAUUGGGCUGAACUGUGGAGAAAGACUGUCUGGCAGUCCUAUAUUCCUUCCCCAAGUGCUCUAAGACUAGGGGUCAUUUAAUAAAUAGGAAGGUACCUUUUUCUGAGAAGUUGCCACAUGAUUUACUUGGUCUUGAGCCGUGAAAAUGGCAUAAGGACACAGUCUCCUAACAGUGGCCCUGGUGUCUGGGGGAGUCAGCAUGCUGCUAUUGCUUCAUGGCUCAGAAGCUAGUCUAGUUUAAUCAUCUGUUCCCAUAUCUGGGCCCCGGGACUCUAUAGCUCUAUUGGCAUCUUAACUGCAGUCUCACUGACUGAAGCAGAGGGUAAAGAGACAGAUAUUAACCAGAGGGGCAGAUCAGUCAGCCCCCGACAUGAAAGCAGCUUUUGGUUGGCUAGAUACACUUGUCUUUUUUAUAAUGAAACAAUGCUGUUUAUACCUGGCAUCAUUCAAGCAUAGGUAGGUUGCCUGUUUCUGUCACUGCUCCACCCACAGAUGAAGACAUCUGCAGCUCCACUCUUCCACAUUUACUUCAGACUCCUCGAGCCACUGUGGCGUCUUCCAUGUGUCUCAUCUUGCUGCAAGGUACCGGCUCCAUGCAUUCUCCUGAGCUAGAAAAAAAAUUCUGAGCAAUUUCUGGUUUAUAGGAUGAUCUCUGUUGCCAGGUAAGACCCCAGAGUAGAUCUCUGUGAGGUUUCCAUGACAUCAUAAACCAGAGGGUCUGUGCUUGGUCCUUUGCUGCCAGCUGCUCAGUUUUGACUUAGCUCUAGCCAUUUGUGACAACCAGCUUUGUUUCUUUACAAAUUCUCGCAUGUAACUUUGGUACUGUUGUUUCUUGUGAAAAAUCUAUUCUGUUGUCUUUGGUGUAAUAAAAAAAAAUUCAUGUAGUUUAUGUAAAAAUACCUGACUCAGAAGGAAGCCAAUUGUGUCUUGUGUUGGGACAAUUUAUAAUGUAGUUCCUAGACCACUUUUACAAACUGUUCUUGUCAUCAGACAUUACUGUGCAGUGGUGGGGACGGGUGGGGGGAAGGCAAGGCAAAAACAUUGUUGGGGGUGCUUUUUUUUGUACCUUCUUCAAGACAGGGAUGGUCU